AGCUAAACUUCCCACCGGGCCUAUGGAGCCACGAGGGAUUGUCAAAGCCUUUCCCAAGAGGAAGAAGGUGAGGGAUGACUCGGGGAAAAGCAUCCCUCCAAAGAUCCCAAAAGAGGAAGGAACAGAGAUACCUGAGGCAGAGUGGCUGAAACCAGUCACCGCCUACGUGUUGCAAGCUGGCAUUGGCCAAGCCAGGGCAGAGAUCUUCCACAAGCAGAUUGUCCAGAAUGGGGGUGUUGUACACAACCAGCUCUCCUCAGAGGUGACACAUGUCAUUGUGGCUGAGGACAUGGACUGUGAUCGUGCUUUUCGGCUCCUUAAAUUAAGUAAGCUACCUUCAGGGCUGCAGCUAGUGAAGGCAUCCUGGCUAAGUGCUUGCAUUAGAGACCAGAAGCUGCUGCGUACCGCUGGCUACGGUGUCUUUAUCCCUCACAGGUACCUGGAGGAGGGAGAACUGCAGAAAGAGCAGCAGGUCCUGGGCCGUGAAGAGAUCCAGCCCCCAGCAGAGGAGGGAGCAGUGAAACCAAAUACUGAAACACAGGUGGGGGAUUCCUCGCAGCGAGGCCUGGGCACUCUUGGACAGCAGCAGCUGGCUGAGAAAUACUCUGAUGAUGAAGACAGUGAAGGAGAAGAUGCUAGUGUCACUCAGGGAGAUCUGGAAGCAUUGAUUUCUGGCCGCUACCCUGUGAAAUCAUCAGAGGAGACCAGUGACAGCUCUUCCACAGUGGCCCAGCCUGCCAGCAAGUGGGUUUGUGCCCAGUCCUCCAACAGCAAGAAGGAGAAUCACAACCAAGGCAUCACAGAGAAGCUAGAAGUGCUGGCAAAGGCCUACUCUGUCCAGGGGGACAAGUGGAGAGCUCUGGGCUACUCCAAAGCCAUCAAUGCACUCAAGAGCUACCACAAACCAGUCACCUCCUACCAGGAAGCCUGUAAAAUCCCUGGGAUUGGGAAGCGGAUGGCGGAGAAGAUCCUGGAGAUCUUGGAGAGUGGGCACCUGCGCAAGCUGGAUCACAUCAGUGAGAGUGUGCCCGUGCUGGAGUUGUUUUCCAACAUCUGGGGAGCAGGGGUCAAGACAGCUCAGAUUUGGUACCAGCAGGGUUUCCGGACGCUGGAUGAUAUCCGCACCAAGGCGACUCUCACCAGCCAGCAAGCUGUGGGGCUGAAGCACUACACGGAUUUCCUGGAGCGCAUGCCUCGGGAGGAAGCUGCAGAAAUAGAACAGACUGUCAGACAAGCUGCCCUGGCCCUGAAGCCUGGGCUCGUGUGUGUGGCAUGUGGCUCCUACCGUCGGGGGAAGCCCACCUGUGGAGACGUGGAUGUGCUAGUCACUCACCCAGACGGGCAGUCUCACCGUGGGGUGUUCAGCAAGCUGCUUGACAGCCUCCACAGGAGUGGCUUCCUUACGGAUGACCUGGUGAGUCAGGACAACGGUGAUCAGAAGAAGUACCUGGGGGUGUGCCGCCUCCCCGGGCCAGCCCAGCGUCACCGCCGGCUUGACAUCAUUGUGGUGCCUUACAGUGAGUUCGCCUGCGCCCUGCUCUACUUCACCGGCUCAGCUCACUUCAACCGCUCCAUGCGGGCCCUGGCCAAGACUAAGGGCAUGAGCCUAUCGGAGCGUUCCCUCAGCUCAGCCAUAGUGCGAGGUCGUGAAGGCAUCAAGGUGGCAUCUGGUCACCCUCUGCCCACUCCCACUGAGAGGGAUGUCUUCAUUCAACUGGGGCUGCCUUACCGGGAGCCCUCAGAACGGGACUGGUGACACCCAGUUGUCACCCAGCACCCUGGACCCACUGCCGUGCUGCUGUUGUGAAGGGUGCUGGUUUCCCCGGUGCUGCUCUGUGGUGACUGCAGACUGGGGAACAUAUCCCAGCAAACCAGGGCUCCUUGCAAGCAUGAGGCCUUGCUGCUGGCAGAGCUGUGUGGCUUCACCCAGCAGAGGCCAUGGGCUGGAACCACGCUGGAAGCGCUGCCUGAUGCCACAGGCAGCCCUUGGCUAUCAAAAGGGCUCACUGCCCAUCAGCUACCCUGGCCCUGCUCUCCCCAGGGAAGCUUCAGAAGGCUGGGCUGCACAACCUUGUGAUCCAGCCCCUCCCAGUGCUUAGGAACAGGGGAAGUGGGAUGCAUCUUCACCUGUGUCUGAGCACAGAGACCCCAAAAUCUCUGUCCUGAGCUAUGCAUGAAGGCAGCAGGGGUCUGGCUUGGCCUUCCCCCUUCUCACUACUGCUGACAGCUGCUACUGCGGGAAUCAUGAAGGGUCCCCCUGUGCUGCUGCUGUGUCCUGUCUCUGUCUGAGCUGACGUGUGUCCUCUGGUGGGUCUCACUACACGGGGCCGGGCUGCUGCGACUGCCACCAGCUUCCCCUGGUGCCAGGUAAGCCUUGAAGGAGGCGCAGGGACCUGAUGUGCUGUGCCUGCUUGCUCUCAGCCUGUGUGCUGAGGAUCCUGCAGCGCAGAGAGCUGUGAUCCCCUUGGUCUGGCCCCAAGGGCUCCCUUCCUCUCAGCGCAGGAGAGGAGCGGACCUCACAGCUCGGGGAGCUGUGCUCACAAAGGGUUUGAAUGUAAUGGCACUGAAGGUAACCCAAGAGGGCUGUGUGUUUGUGCAUAGGAGGCACGGAGGCAGAGAGAAACAUGAGGAGAUAGUUUAGUUCUAAUUUGGGUGAAGCAAAGCUUUCCCAUUUUUGUAUGUGUGGAAGCCAUGGAGUCGUCUGGUUUUUGAUCAGAGAAAGUGUGUGUGUAUUUGUGUAUGCAUGUACAUGUGGCUGGCCCUGUCAGUUCCAUGGGAGUGAAUUUUAUUUCUCAGGAAACUGCAACUAUUUUAUAUUCUGAAGAUGAAUUUGUCAGAGACUUUCAGUGCUCUGUCUCCGUUACGGGUAUUGCGGUGGUUCCUCCUGGCAGAGGUGCCGUUCUGUGGCAUCGGCUGCC